AUGGGGUUGAUAACAGCGUCCAGAUGUUUGGAUGUGUUUGUUGUUUGCUUUCUGCUGCCUUCUUUUACCUCAGCAAACCAGACACCGGAGCUCCGGAUUUUCCCCACCACAGGACUCGAGGUGAAGGAGCACUCACAGAUCGUUGCUCACCACAAUAGACUGCGCAGCCGGGUCAAACCCAUGGCAGCCAACAUGCAAAAAAUGGAGUGGGAUGAGAAGUUGGCCACACUUGCAAAGGAGCGAGCCACAUUGUGUCACAGAGACCCUCCCCUUCUACACUCCUCAUCUUUCAGCCAUAUUGGGUGGAACACACAUCUUUCUGUUUAUGGUGAUGCCUCAUUUUCUGACAUCAUUGACUCCUGGUUUGAGGAGGGAAAAGAUUUUCUCUACUCGAGUGGCCGAUGCAGGGAAAAUGCCACCUGUCAACACUAUACCCAGCUGGUCUGGGCUACUUCAAGUCAUGUGGGCUGUGCCAACCAACAGUGCUGGAGAAAUGGAGAACUGUUGGAGAUAUUUAUAUGUGCAUAUUAUCCUGGGGGUAACUGGAAGGUAAAUGGUCAGCUGGUUGUGCCCUAUAAAUCAGGGCUGUAUUGCUCUCUCUGCACCUCUUCAAUGUCUGGCUGUUUUAGAUUGUGGGACCAUGUAGGCGGACUAUGUGAGAUUCCAAAGAACCCGUGUCGUAUGAACUGUGGUGAACAUGGUCAUCUUAAUAUCUCAGCUUGCAAAUGCAAGUGUGACCCGGGGUUCACUGGACGCUUUUGCCAGGUUCGGUGCAGCGUCCAAUGUGUGCAUGGUCAUUUCAAAGAAGAGAAAUGCACUUGCUUGUGUGAUGCUGGCUACGGUGGUGCUGAGUGUGCAGAUAAAGUGCAGUUCCCCUUUCAAAGUUGUAAUCUCAUCAUAGAUGGAAAUUGCUUCAAGGUGUCUUCAGAGGUUCGGACCUACUAUGGAGCUAAAAGUCACUGUCAGGAACAAGGGGGUAUUCUGGCUCAAAUCCACAAUCAAAAGGUUCAGGACAUUCUGGCUUUUUAUCUUAGUAAACUAGAGACAAACAACGAGGUCACGAAGAAUGACUUUGAAACUCAGAACUUCUGGAUAGGUCUGACAUAUAAACCCCCAAAAGACUCAUUUCAGUGGGACACCGGAGAGAUUCCUACAUUCUUCAGCUUUGCCUUUGGGCAGCCUGACAACCAAGGUUUUGGAAACUGCGUCGAGUUGCAGGCAUUGAGUGGUUUCAACUGGAAUGACCAGCGCUGUAAAACACAGAACAGAUACAUCUGCCAGCACGGUGCCGAGCAUAUUGCCCAGUGGGAAGAUGGCAGGUGACCUGGAUUUUUCAAAGGGGUAAAAUACUGCAGUUGUGAUUACUUUAAGAUAUGCUGGGACAAUAGAGGCUAG